AUGAAUUUAUUCACUUUAUUUUUUCAAGAUUUAUCGUUCAAUUUCAAUCAAGAAGUAUACAUAAGCUAUGAUCAAAUAAACUACUCGCAUAAAUCGCAUACGAAACAAGCAAAUGGAUACAUUUAUCUGACCAACAGAACGAGCUUUAAAUAUUUGGAGAAAUUUACAUCUAGUAUUCUAUUCAAAUCAGAAAAUGAUGUGAUAUUCACAACAGGCAAGAAAAUUGAUUCAAAUUUCACACAUUUAAUAAAAGAAAAAUACAAAAAUAGAAUACUUCCAACAACAUUAAAUAGUGAAACAUAUGCUACUCCAUUACCAGUUCAAUAUUACAUAGAAAAUACAGGUCAACAAACAGGAAUUCCAAAUGAAGAUUUGAAUAUCACAUCUGUAUGGAAACAAAACAUAUAUGGGAAUAAUAUAAAGAUUACUGUUACUGAUAAUGGAUGCAUCCCAUCUGAUCCAAGCAUUUCAAAAAAAUAUGAUGAAGCAAAUUCAUGGAAUUUUGCUGAAUCUUGCCUUACAUUAGCUGUUUCUGAUCCAUACUGUAAAGAAGUACAACCGAAUUACUCCGAUGAAUACUUCUUUCAUGGGACAUCUUGUGCUCAUCUCGCCGGAGGAUCAAUGGAUAGUAGAUGCGGGCCAGGAAUAGCACCCAAAUCAUCUAUAUCAUGCAUGAAGCUCGACGAAUACUUAAAUACGCAUAAUAUGAAAGCUUUAAUAUCAAUGUUAUCAAAAAUAAGAAAUGUUGACGUAAAUACUAAUUCAUGGGGUCCUGCAUGUGAUUUAAACAAAGAUUUGCAAACAGCAUUUUGUCCGCAAUCAAGAAGACUCGAAGUUUAUCAGAAAGCACUAGAACAUACGAUAGAAACAGGGAGAAAUGGUCUAGGAACAAUUAUAUUGUUUGCAGCAGGCAAUGAAGGACAUUUAGGAGAUGAUACUUCUUUCAAAAUUUUAAAUUGUGAAAGAUAUGUCAUCGGAGUUGCAGCUUCAACAAAUGAAGGCACUCGAGCUUUUUAUUCUUCAAGAGGAAAUUCUAUUUUGGUUAAUGCUCCAAGCGGAGGACGAGAUUUUUACUCAUAUUCUGAAGAACAUCUUCCAGGAAUAUAUACAACAACAGGGUUUAAGUGCAUGUCCAACUUUUCUGGAACAUCAGCAGCAGCACCACAAGUAGCAGGAAUCGUAGCUUUGAUGCUAGAAGCAAAUCCAAAAUUAUCAUGGCGAGAUGUUCAAGCAGUUCUCGCUAUUACAAGCACAAUCAAUGAUCCAACAUGUCCAUCAUGGACUAAAAACAAAGCUGGCUACUACCAUUCGCCUUAUCAUGGUUUCGGAAGAGCAAAUGCAGGAAAAGCAGUAAAUUUGGCCAAAAAUUGGAAAAAUUUACCAAACGAAACUACUCUAAAAGCAGAAAGAUUGAACUUGGAGAUAUACCAAUGUAGAAGCCCGGCUCAUGAUAUAUAUUUGACGAUAGAAAAAGACGAUAUAAAUUUCAUAGAAACCGUCGAACUUGAAUACGAGCUAACUAGCAAUGCUGUUGGCUUUUUAAUGAUAGAUGUCGAAUCUCCGAGUGGUACUAAAGUGAAUGUUAAAGAAAAUUCGAUCCAAGAAGAUAUUGAAGUAAAAUACACAAAAUUUGUUUUAAUUAGAGACUUUUUCGGAGAAAAUGCAACGGGAGACUGGAAAGUAUCCUUCAAAACAACUGGUUGCAUACCAAUUGUCCAGUUAAAGUCACUGAGAAUCAUUGUUCAUGGAAUGAAAAAAUUUUAUUUCAGAAGUUUACAAAAAUUUGGUAAAAAAUACCACAAUUUUCUUCCAAGUCGAUCGAAACACUUCAAGAUAAAGGAGAGAACGAUCAUUUCUGAGUGUUGUAAGAACAUUACAUUGCAUGCAACAUAUAUAGACAAAGAGAUCUACAAUAAAACAAUUGCUUGUUUGCUAAUUGAUGAAAAAGGAAGAAGAAUGUCAAUAGGAGAUAUAAAUUUGACAGAAAAAUUUGAUAUAAAGUUCCCUUGUAUCUUCCAAUCAAAGAGAUUCAUUCUGGCACUUGAUUUACUAGAAUACAAAGAAAGAGUCGCUAUUUCUGUAAAAAUUUUGCCACGUAAAAAUGUAAUUGAAGAAGGAUUUGUCAAACCGCAAAAAUUUGACACAAUUAUGACAGAUAGUACAGAAAAUACUACAGUUGAUGUUAAAUGGCAGUACUUUAUGGACAAAGUUCCAAGAUCUCUUUGGGGAAGUAGCGCGAUUCUUUCUAUAUAUGACUAUGACAGAAAAUCCAUUCUUUACACAAGAAGAAUUUUCAAUACUGGAGAAUUUAAUUUGACAUUGAGUCCGAAAUUUAGUUGUCCUCACUGUGUUUUAGUUCUUACACCUGUACAUCAUUCAUCUGAUAGUACUUGUACAACAUUCACGCAACCAGUUCAUAUAAUAAAAGAUGAUGAUGACAAGCCAAAUGAUUGGAAUCCUUUCGGUUUCGAUCCUUGUGAAAAAAGAAUGAUUAAAAGAAAAAGUGAUAUGUGGUUACUUGAUGAUGUUUUGUUGAGACCUGAUUUCGUAUUUUUAAUGUUCUUCAUCGGUUUUGUUAUAUUGAUAUAUAAAGCUGCGUUAGAAAGGAAUAAAUACACCAGAAUCAAACCCAAAGAGUUCAGCGAUUUAGAAAUGUUGGUUAAACUAGAAUCUGACUCGGUGGAGUAUGAGGAACAACCAUAG